AAACAAUUAAAUUCAAGUAUUGCGCCCACUACAAAAGCUAUUGAAAAUGAAAUCGUUCUGGCAUAACCAAUUAUUGCGGGUGAAGAGGAGAAAGAUUGAAGGAAUCUGAAUCGUUAAAGCAGCUAACAGCUCUUGUCAGAAACCAGCCAGGUAAGUAGUAUAUUCUAAAUUUGAUUUCAUAUGCUCAGGUAGGAUUAAACCAACCAAUAUUCAUAACGUAGCUUUGGGAAUUUGCAGCUUUAUACGUAUAGUUCAUUAAUUUACAUCUAUAGGGCAAAGUCAGUUACAUAAUUAGUCAUAACAUUCCCCGGCAAUAUGAUAGCCAGGUGAUAAGAUUGAGACGACUGAUAUUAUGAUCAGCAAUCGCUGUGCCCCUAUAAAGAUUUAGACACCUAGUGGAUUUAGAGUCAAGACGUCGGUAUAUUAUUAACUGGAAAACUACAUUGCCUUAGAUUGAAAUUUAGUUCUUAUCUUCAGCGGCUUAUUCCCAUAUAAUAAUAGGUUUACUAGAACAACCAAUUUGCGUUGGAAUGAAGUUGAUUCACUGUUAAGCCCAGACAAACCGGAGGAUGAGAUUAGGUUAGCUGAAAGUGUAUAGCUGUUCUUAAUGCUUUCCCAACACGUAAAUUAUAUUUUACUUAAGUUAAAGCGUAAUUGGAACACUUAUAUCAAACCGUUCCCGUUAAUCUAGAGCUUGAAAAUUAAUGUCCCCUGUAAUAAUGCGUGACUGCCAAAUCUCAUCAACUCUCAUAUAGCCUGGCCGCGUUUACACUAUCAAAUUUUCUGUGAUCAAAAUAGGAAUUUUGCAAAUUUUAAGUUUUGAAAGAUGUAAGGAAUGUUUAAGGGAACUGAUUCAGAUAUACUGUGAUCCAGAAACCCAGACUAUAAAUCCUUAUAUGUUCAGAAUGGAAUGAGUUAAGGAAUGAACCUAUACAUUCCAGCAAUCGACCGAUAUAUAUCUAUGCAGUGACCCUUCAAGGAAUAAUCUCAUACUCUGAGAAAAAUUGCAGGUCGAGCUAGUGUAGCUAGAAGCAAAUAUCUCACAAAAAAUUGAUGAAAGUUUUCCUCUAGGACUACCUACAUAGCUGAUGCUAUUUUUCAUUAUAUUUUUAAAUUAAACUAUAUAAAUGUGUCGCCUUGUAGUCAUUUUGAUGUCAUGCUGAUUUUGAGCACAAACAUUUAAACUGUACUUUUUCAUUUAAAGAGAAAACUAAGGAAGUGUCUCUGGAGUUUGUAUACAUAUUGUUUUGCAACACAAUAAUUUUUAAAAAGAUAUCAUACUGAAGAAGCUACUUAAUUAUUGUUAAAGAUAACUCGUUAUUUUGUAAUAGGUUGCGCAAUCCGAUAUAUCAGCAGGAUAAAAACUAUAAACUAUCACUACUUUGCAUUAAAUUAAACAAGAAUGUAUAUCGUAAGAUUAAGAAGUCUGAGUAUAGUGAUUCAAAUAAUAGUUAAUAUAUCGCGUACCAACAAAAUGAAUCUUUGAACUCUUUAAGAAAGCACCCGGCAAGAAUGAAAAAAACAAACAAUUGGGUAUAAAAUAUCAAAAAUUUAUGCCGGCAAAACUGCUAUAAGCCUAAGGAAUAUAUACUAAAACUGUCUGUACCAGUGUUGGUAUAGUACCAAUGUGAAAAUGCUGAGUGCUUAUAUCACUACCGUAAAAAAAAUAAGCAGAAACUCGACGUUUCGAGCGAAGGCCCUUCGUCAAGAGUGAGUAGCCUUUUUUCGACGUCGAGUUUCUGCUUAUUUUUUAAGGUAGUAAUAUAACCACUCAGCACAGCAUUAAGCCUAAGGCUAAGGAAGCAUUUUUAAAACUAACUUCACAUUUCUUAUCGUGUCCUGUCAAAGCAUAUAGUUAAUAACUUUGUCCGUGCAUCCGAUACUGAAACAGGCGGAGAUCCCUUGGACAAUAGUCCGUUGAGAAACUCGAUGGUGGAUUGUGAGAUAAUUUAGAAAACACAAACUGCUCUGUCCAAAGAUAUAAUAUAUGAAAAGGGGAGGUCUCAGAAAUUCCACACAUAAUAUAUAAUACGUUAUUGCAAAGUGUCUAUCAAGUGUUUUUUAAUUGAAAAUCUUUGAAGUAUUAAUUCCAGCAAUUUAAACUGACUAUUUUUCAAUGCAGGGCUAUAGCUUGGAAUAUUAAUAAAAAAAGUUCUCUUCUUGUACUAAACAUAUAAUGAAGAGAGGGAGAACAUUUUAGAUAGAACUGACAUUCAGUAUAAAGUCAGUUUAGCUUUAUAUAUUACUAUAAAUAAACGUUUUAUAUAGUGCGUGCAUGACGUGCGUAUGAAAUAUCGCCUUAACGCCUGCAGGGCCAUCCGUUUGGGAAAGAUUAUUCAAGGGGAAAUAUGAGCUUUAAUCCCAUUGUAUUGGAUUUAAUGUUAGCAGAAGUACAUUACACGAAGAAUAGAUGCAAUCUCAUGGCCUGCAUGCUGAGACCAUUCCAGCCAAUAUUGCAAAUUAAUGCAUGUACGCACGCACGUUGACAAAACAACGCCGUGUAAACAAACUUUUGGUAAUUUACUAUGACAGAAGCUCAACAUUGGGAGCAGGGUUACUUCUCUAAUGUAUAUAAUGACAUAUACUUUAGUCUAUUGUAGCCCAGUCAUUGACAUUGUAAAAUUAAAUGCAUCUACAACAUUACUAUUAAUUUAUAUAAUACGAACAUUCCCACUUCUUUUUCUCUCUUGUAAAUAUAAUAUAUAUACUUCAAAACUUUCUGAUUUUACAUAUUAUGUAUUGAUUGACUGUAAAUAAUUGAUUAUGUGAUAAAACGAACAGUAACUAGAGACCUAAAAUAAAAAGUCUAUGAAGAUUUCUAGUAGGUCUCUAGCCCAAAAUCUUCAAAUUAUUGUAAUAUAUUUUAAGUAGAUUUCUAUACAUGGGAAAAUAAAUAAAAAAAAAAGGUUAAGUUAAGAAGGGCAGUAUUAUUUAACAUGGAAUUUAUCAUAAGGGAAUUUUUCAUAGAAGGAAAGGUGUAGUUAAAACCAGUUCUGUUCAAGAUUAUAUGACUAUCCACGUCUCUUUCAUUGCACAAGAUAUCGAUGGCCAUUAAAAUUAGACCUAUCAUUUAUAUACAGGCUCCUCCGCAGGCAUCGCUAUAUAUAUGGGUUUUAGCCUGUCAAAUGAACAUGUAGUCGUCAAUCAAAGCCGAACAUGCCUGGGCAGGUCUUAAGUGAUAGACAUAAGUUUCAAUGUUAAUUAGCAUUAUUUACGUCAUAAAUCGGAAGCUGAAAAAGGGAAUGUUUCCGUUCUAUGUCAAUAGCCACCCUAUAAUGACAAUUAAAGAUUGUUCUCCAUAAUCAUGUGCAGAUGGAACAGCCAUAUGAUACAAUGUUCAGCCACGGUUAAUCACUGCAUGCUCGUGAAGUAAUUAUUAUAGAUUUUAAACUUUUGCUUUUUUAUCUAUACACGUACGAGUAUACGAAGAAAACUGUUCAAAUCCAUCAUACAUGCAGUAAUUUUACUCAAUAUUUGAUUCAUGCAUAUGGGUCCAAUGGGUCCAUGAUUUUACUCGCAUUUCUGGGUUAAAAUUUUCGAAUUUUAUUUUGUAGUGCACUUACUAAACACAACCAUAUAGUAACAAGGUACAGCAUUCAGUUUACGAUUCGUGAAUGCUGGGUUUGGUGGAUAAUCCAAGUCAUGGGCAAGUAGCUAUAUACACAAUGUAAGUUAUAUAAGACCUAACCAGGAACGGUUGCAAUUCCUGACAGAGGACCUACAAUCCUUCACAAAAUAUAUUGAGACUUGCAUAUUUAUCUAUAAAAUCAGCAAAUUUCUACCAUCAAGAGCUCGUCCUUUCCCCCCUCUCCCUUCAAAACAAUGUUGACGGUUAUUAAGAAUUUCAACUCAAUCACGAGCAACAUUGCUCUGUAGGGGGGAGGGGAGAGGAAAUUACACUUUUCACAUGGGUAGUCUCAUAAUUUUUGUGAAGGAUUGUAGUGAUGCAUUUUUCGUAACCGUUCCUGGUAAUUAGGUCUUAAAUUGUGUAUAUAUCUGCUCACUUGGAUUAUCCACCAAACUCACAAUCGUCCACAAAGUAUUUGAGACAAACCCCCCUGCCCCCAUCUCAAUGUUGCUUUGUGCUGUAAAAUUGUGUUAUUCAAAUAUCAUGCAUUAGAUUUUGAAUGCCAAUAGACCAUUGGACAUGACGUCACAACGCCGGUGAUGAUGCAUCUGGAGGACAAAUUAGCAAUCUAUGCAUAAUAUAACUUUUGUAAACAAAGCAAAUUUUGUAAAACUUCAUAAUAAUUUUGUAUUAAAAUGGUUAAUUUUUGCGCUGUAUGUGGUUGUUGUACCCGAACAGAUAUUGUUAGGGAUAAUCUGGAGGACACUCUAAGGAUUUGCGACGUCAGUACAAUGGGUCUAUAAGACACUUGCGGUUGUUGGGUCAUGUUAUAUUUCUGCCAGGACGAUAAUAGCAUUUCAACAUUGAAAAAGGGGGAAGUGAAUUCCCAACUUCUCAAUAUAAUAUCGUGAACGAUUGCAGUAUUCUAGUUCAACAAAGUGAAGUGCAAAAUAGCUACAUCUUGCAAGUUUAUGAUUGAGUGUGUAUUUGUUUAGAUAAUUAUGAAAUAUGUGAGAUUUAGGAAGAUUUAAACUUUUUUUUCCAAUAACUGCAUAACGUAUAAAAACAUGACCUCUGGACUGAUGUGUUGAUGUAUUGAAAUAUUGUUUCGUCACAUUUUCAGACAUCUAUAUAUCAGUUUACAUGCAUUUCCGCUGUUUGCCAAAACGUUCCUAGGGAAAUUUAGACAUAUAUACCUGAGGGAUAAGAGAUAGUGUUCAUGUAUUAAAAUACAUCAUGGAAGAUAUUUAAUAUUUUUUUUUUAAAUUUCUUCUAGCGUCAUGGACGAAAACAAAAACUCGAACCAAAAGGAAGAGGUACCAUUUAUUGCCAGUUCUGAUAAAAAGAAACAGUUGAAAUUUGGUUGGGGCAAAUUUCGACCGGAUUGUUUACAGAUUUUUAAUGGACCAAAAUGUUUUCUGUUUGUGGUGGUUUUGUUCACUGUAUGUCAAGGUAAAGAUGAAUGAUUAUUUGUAUUUUUACUGUGUUGGGAUAUUGGUGCAUGCAUGCCAUGGUGCAUAUGCAUAUAUACAUCAGUUCAGUGACCCAUGUGACCACAGACUGAGACAUUGUACUAUUGUUAGAAGACCUCUAUGUACUAUUUAAAACAUGAGCAUGCUGCAGUGUUUUGUCAUUGGCGAAGUAAUUUUCAAAAACACGUUGUGUAAGUCGAGAAAAUCAAAGUUAAAGUUUAUGUAAAUCUGCCGGAAAUCUCUAUCACAUAUAAAGAUACGACACGCUUAUGAUUUUUCUUCAGUGUAUUUCGUCAUGAAUUAUUAAUGAGGUUUUGAAAUAUAUUGGGAGAACAGUUUAGAACUGAUAGAGCUAUCCAGUAUAAAUAAAGUUAAUCCCUAUAGUAGUUCAAAAUAAAUGUACCAAAAGGUUCUACCCCUUGUAGACGACGAGAAUUGUUUUAACUUUGUAUCACCAUUGUUGAGCCGUACCUUAUACACCGUGCAUAUCCUUUGUUUUAGGUUUAUUAAUAUUUAUAUAGCAUGGUUGAAUGACUGACUGAAACGUUGCUAUUGGAUGAUUCGCUCAUUAUACUGAAAUACAAUGUGUUCAUUGACCGUGCACCGUGCACAAAACUGCAUAAACGCGAACAAAAAGAUAGAACAAAGACUUUAGCGGAGUUUCCAAACCAUGUUUUGAAAGACUGUGGUUUAUAAUAUUCCAUAUUUUUCUCAACUUGCAUGGUGCUUGGUAGCGAAGAAAAUUAGCACGAUAUUGAUAUAAAUUGAUAUUAGUAUACUAUUUUAAAACUUGAUUCGUUUCUGGAUCUUAUUUUGACACGUUAUAUUUAGUGUACGUGUUAACACGAGAAAUAAUUCUAUAAAAUUCUUAGCCCGAAAUUUUGAGUACAAAUUCGCCUAUGAAAGAACAAUUUUUCAACGACAAGAAAUCUUAGCACAUUGCGUGUAUGAGCACGUCCUGAACUAAUUAUAACACGUCCUCUGCGGCUGAAGGGCUGAACCAAACCUUUUCAGGAAAUGGAACGUGCGUACUUACAAAAUGUUCUAAUCGGAUAACGUCAUACGCCGCAUAAUGUCAAAAUCCAUUCUUCAUGCCUGUACGUGUUUUGGUUUCCUCCGAGUGCACAGAUGUAGUAAAAUUAAAUAUCAGAGUCUUACCAGUCAUAACAUUGUGUAAUCUCGCUAGACAAUAAUGCUUGCAUAAAAAUGAGUGUUGAAUGAAAAGUGAUCUAUUUGAUUUUGAUAGCGAGUUAUAUAAACAUUGUCUUGUGUGACAAUAUAACAUUAUAAUAAUAAUCAACCAGUUUCGGUAUAUAUAGUUACAUACAUAAAAAUCACAAGAACUGACAAACUACUACCAAUAUCCUACUUUAAAUGAGUUUCAAAAUUGUCAGAACAUCCUAACUAUAUUUUGCAACCACAGUCAUGAUUGAUUUGUCAUGCAUAGGCUAUAGCCAUUAUAUAAGUAAAAAUAUUUUGAUGUACCUAUGUGAUGCACUAUUACUAGUAAAACAUGAGCAACAGUGCUUUAUCAGAUAUAAAGCUACGAGGCGAAGCCGAGUAUCUUUAUAUCUGACAAAACACGCACUGCGAAUGUUUUAAAUUGCUUCAAAAACGAUCGAUCUAGUAAGUUCAUUGACGAAGUAAUUUUAAAAAAAUAUACCUUGUGCAAGUCGAGAAAAUCAAAGUAAAAGUUUAUGUAAAUCAAGGAAAAUCUCUAUCACAUAUAAAGAUACGACACACUUAUGAUUUUUCUUUGUGUUUCCUCAUGAAUUAUUAAUGGUUUAGAAGAUUAAAUGAAGAAAACGAAGAGUUUAUUUUACAAAGAUUUUUUAUAAAAUUUAAUCUAAGAUUGGUGAGCUUUGUAUAAUUGCUGCAGGAUAUUAAAAAAAUGUCGUUCGUCCCCAAUCUCAUGUAGAUCACAAUACAUGCAUGUUUAUAUAAACCAUGGAUAAUAAAAUAAACUUUAUUUUAUUAUCCAUGAUAUAAACAAACAUAUCUCAUCACAUUUUAACCUCAUCCAGUGAUAAAGAAGAGGUUUAAACAUCUAAAGAACUCAUCCAAAAUGCUUACUAAAACCGAUAAUUACGUCAUGAAAGCGAUUCAUGAAAGCGAAGCUCCCAGGCCAAAUGACGCGGUAAUUAGUCGAAACUCGAAAGGGUGUAUUGUGUUAUUUAUAUGUUAGGCAGGUUUUAAUAAAGUAAAAUGAUAAAUUUCUUAUUUUCAGCACUUGUGGUCAUGGGUCUUACAACUCUAACCUUACCCAGUAUUGAGAAGAGAUUUAGUUUAACAUCCAAGGAACUGGGUGUGAUUAUGGCCGCCAAUGAUAUCACAGCUUUGGUCAUCGUAUUAUUUCUCAGUUUCUAUGGUGACUAUGGGAACAAGAUUCGCUGGGUUGGAGGAGGCGGUGUUCUUUUGAGUAAGCUGGCAAUUGGCAAAUAAUUUUGUUUUUUGUUCUGUUCUGUUCUGUUCUGUUCUGUUCUGUUCUGUUCUGUUCUGUUCUGUUCUGUUCUGUUCUGUUGACAACAGCACGUAACGCAAAUUUUUCUUAUAGUGCUGUAUAAAUAUGGCGUCAAUUUUAUGGCAUCAACGAUAAUUGACAAUAUUUAUCUAUUAUUUUGUGUUUCUCAACCGCCAGAUACAUUUAAAAAGGUUGCUAACUGUGUAAACUACAAAAUAAAGUAAUUCUGAGAGGAACGCCAAAAAAUUUUAAGUUUUGAACACUUUUCAUCGCAAAUACGCCUCUCAAUUAGACUCUCCUUCCUUAUACUACGGAUACCUCUCUAACACGGACACCUGUUUUUAUUAAUGUGCCACUAACCCCAAAUAUCAUUUUUGGUAUGUGUAAUAUUUAGGUCAUUCGAAGAUGAAAUGUAAUAUAUCUUUAUAAUAAAAAAAUCCCAUCUUGAUCAACUUUUUCACUGUCAGAGUUUCCAGAUAUGAUGUCAUUAGGUGAAUUGCAAAUUAGUUUUCCUUUGUUUUUUGUUCCAAAAAUUCACCUAAUGACAUCAUAUCCAGAAAUUUUGACAGUGAAAAAGUUGAUCAAGAUGAAGUUUUUUACUAUAAAGAUACAUUACAUUUCUUCCUAGAAUGACUCCAAUAUUACACAUACCAAAAAUUACAUUUGGGGUUAGACGUGCAUAAAUCUCGUAUAUACAUUUUUAAAACCUUCCAGAAAACGUACACUUGCUGUGUCACCGUUUCCUACACUCAAACCGACUAAUAUAAAUUCCAUUUUUGUUUCCCAUCAGGCUUUAGUGCACUACUCUACGCUCUCCCGCACUUUCUCAUUGGUCAAUAUGAGCCCUCCCUCACAGGUCCUCGCGGGCCUACAUGUUUCAGCGGUAAUAUAACACAAGGCGAGAAGGCGCAGUGCUCUCUGGAGAGUGACAGUCGUUGGUAUUAUAUGGCAAUAUUUGUUUUGGCGCAAUUAAUUAUGGGCGCCGGGAUAUCACCCUUCUAUCCAUUAGUGCCUGCAUACCUGGAUGAGAAUGUCCACCCCAAACAUAUGCCUGUUUAUUUGGGGAUCUGGACUUGUGCCACGUUCCUCGGUCCAGGCCUCGGGAUGAUACUCGGCGGCAAAUUCCUGAGCAUCUACGUUGAUCUAGAACAGGUAAGAUAUAAUUUUAUUGUUUGUUAGAAAACAGUAGGGUAUUGCGAAACUCGUUCGUCAGCCAAUCUCAUGCAGAUACGAAAUCGAUAUUGGACUAAGGAAUAGACACAUGUUUAAUGUUCCUGUCAGUGUGUGUAAAACAGACAAACUAAAAAAUAGUUUUAUGUUUUAUAUUUAGUAAUUCAAGUAGGAAAACUUUUUAAUCCUAGUUUAUAUAGUUGUUGGAUAUUACAUGUAAAAUUAGCUUAUCACUAUUUUAAUUACUUUUAACCUUUAUAUCAUGUAAAUUUAUAUACUGAAUUUAGCCUUUUUGGCUGCAAUGAUAUAUCUAAAUAAACUAUCUAUCUAUCUAUCUAUCUUGCAAAUAAGACUGAAUAGGGUAUAAAAUCCAAAAUUCAACGCAAACAAGCGAAACCACCGUAGUUUUCAAACCACCACAUAAAAUCUUUUAUUAUAUAGUAGAGAGUGAGAUACUGAGAAAUACAGUGACAUAUUUUCCAUAUCUUCACUAGUGAAGAUAUCGAUCACGUGACUUUUAGUAUUGAUACAAUUCUUUGCUUGGUACUAUACAGGGUGUAUAAAAAAAAACUGAACAGAUUUGAAAUUGGUCUCAAUUUCGCAAACACCUAUUUGUAUCUGGGUUUUUAUAUAUAUAGCUUCUUUGGGUACUUAUAAUGUAAAAUAAUGAAAAAAAUUUCUCGAACUCAAAUUUUGUGAGCCAGGGGGAGUGUGUCUUUUCCAUCAAGCUAAAAAUGGCUCGCGCACAAAAUUUAAAAGCAGUAAUCAUAUUUUAACUUAACAGAUUGAAAAUUUGUCGGGUUUUUAAUUACUGUACAAAAUAUCAGACAAUUUGGUUUAGUUUAAGCCCUUUAACUAUUCAUUUUGUUCUAAAAAGUCAGCCUUUCGCAUGCUUAAUUUAAUGCCUUUACCUAAUUUGCAUAUUGCUGACAUAUGCAAAUUAGGCAAAUGCAUUAAUUAAGCAUGCAAAUAGCUGAUUUUUCGGGAAAAUUUUAACUUUGCGUGAAUAGUUAAGGGGCUUAAACUAAACCAAAUUGUCUGAAAUUUUGUACAGUAAUUAAAAACCCGACAAAUUUUCAAUCUAUCAACUCAAAAUAUUAUUACAGCUUUUAAAUUUUGUGCGCGAGCCAUUUUUAGUUUGUUGGAAAAGACACAGCCCCCUGGUUCACAAAAUUUGAGUUCGGGAAAUUUUUUUCAUUAAUUUACAUUAUAAGUACCCAAAGAAGCUAUAUAUAUAAAAAAAAAACCAGAUACAAAUAGGUGUUUUGCGAAAUUGAGAGCAAUUUCAAAUCUGUUCAGUUUUUUUUAUACAUCCUGUAUAAUAAACAGAACAUUACACGGUGGCUUGAAGAUAUGACUUUUAUCUUAUCGUGUUAAAAACAAUAUUUUACUCACUCGCUGUGCUCGUUCGUAAAAUAUUGUAUAUAAAAAUAGACCGCCUCAUGAUGUAUCUAUUAUUUGUUUUUCAGCCUGAAGGUGUCAACUUGACGGCACGUGAUCCGAGGUGGAUAGGUGCAUGGUGGUUAGGGUUUGUAAUUUUUGGAAUUUUCAUUUUCAUUUUCUCAAUCCUUAUUCUCGGAUUUCCACGAGAACUUCCCGGAUCGCGGGAAAUGCGCGAGGAACACAUCAGAAAAGGAAAUAUUAGAAAAGUGAAGAAUCCCGCGAAACCAACUUUAAAAAUGAUCUUGCCGGAGCUCAAAGAUCUGUUAACAAACUGGACGUUUCUCUUCAAUACGCUGGGUUUGACAGCAACAUUGCUGUACGUUGGAGCAUUGGUUCCAUUCUAUCCAAAAAUUCUUUUCUUGAAGUUUGGGGUACUCCCGGAGAAAAUUGGUUAUGUUAUGGGAGGUAUAAUGACACCAAGCAUGGCAGGUAAGGGAGAGGAAAGAGAUAAUCCUCCUCAUUGGAGAUGAUCCUCACUGAACUUCCAGGGAGAACAGUUUAGAACUGAUAGAGCUAUCCAGAAUAAAUAAUGCUACUUUAGUUUAGGUUUUCUUCUGUGGUAACACUGGAUCAAUAAGGGAUGAUCCUCACUGAACUUCUAGGGAGAACAGUUUAGAACUGAUAGAGCUAUCCAGUAUAAAUAAAGUUACUUUAGGUUUCCUUCUGUAGUAACACUGGAUCAAUAACAGAUGAUCCUCACUGAACUUCUAGGGAGAACAGUUUAGAACUGAUAGAGCUAUCCAGAAUAAAUAAUGCUACUUUAGUUUAGGUUUGCUCCCGUGGUAACACUUGAUCGAUACGAGAUGAUCCUUACUGAACCUCUAGGGAGAACAGUUUAGAACUGAUAGAGCUAUCCAGUAUAAAUAGAGUCAGUUUAGUUUAGGUUUCCUCCCGUGGUAACACUUGAUCGAUACGAGAUGAUCCUUACUGAACCUCUAGGGAGAACAGUUUAGAACUGAUAGAGCUAAUCCAGUAUAAAUAGAGUCAGUUUAGUUUAGGUUUCCUCCCGUGGUAACACUUGAUCGAUACGAGAUGAUCCUUACUGAACCUCUAGGGAGAACAGUUUAGAACUGAUAGAGUUAUCCAGAAUAAAUAGAGUCAGUUUAGUUUAGGUUUCCUCCUGUGGUAACACUGGAUCAAUAAGAGAUGAUCCUCACUGAAUCUCUAUAGGGAGAACAGUUUAGAACUGAUAGAGCUAUCCAGAAUAAAUAAUGUUACUUUAGUUUAGGUUUCCUCCCGUGGUAACACUGGAUCAAUACGAGAUGAUCCUCACUGAAUUUCUAUGGGGAGAACAGUUUAGAACUGAUAGAAAUACCCAGUAUAAAUAGAGUCAGUUUGGUUUAGGUUUCCUCCCGUGGUAACACUGGAUCAAUACGAGAUGAUCCUUACUGAACCUCUGGGGAGAACAGUUUAGAACUGAUAGAACUAAUCCAGUAUAAAUAGAGUCAGUUUAGUUUAGGUUUCCUCCCGUGGUAACACUUGAUCGAUACGAGAUGAUCCUUACUGAACUUAUUGGGAGAACAGUUCAGAACUGCAGCUCUCCAGAAUGUAAUAGUUUCGCAAGAGAAAAGCCUUUAUAGCUAGAACUUGCUGCUUCAUAUUAAGUAUGUUUAUAUAACUCGUCAUUUUUAGUUGGUGUUCUUAUUGGCUCAAUGGUUCUGAAAAAAUUUCCCCUUAAAGAAAUGUGCAAAAAGUCCGCACUCUUCAUAUUUAUACUGCGCACGCUCGGUUUCAUUGCCCCGCUGUCUUUUCUCAUCGUCGGCUGCAAUAAUAUCAACCUUGCUGGGGUGACGACACCUUAUAAUGAAAUGUAAGUACUGUAUAACUUUACUGGAAUGAUAUGUCAAACAUGGAAGUCAAGUGAAGGUACACGGCUAAGCCACCACUGAACUACCUAAAAAUAUCUCAAAAGUGGUGGUCCAGUGAAGAUAGUAGAUACAGAACACGACAGCUUAUUGUAGAAUACUGGACCACCACGUUUGAGAUAUCUUUUUCAGGCAGUUCAGGCACAAACCACGGCAGCGUAUUGUACAAUACUACCUACACUGGACCACCACGUUUGAGAUAUCUUUUUCAAGUAAUUCAAACACAAACCACGGCAAGUUAUUGUAGAAUACUAUCUACACUGAUUACGGGAUCACCACGUUUGAGAUAUCUUUUUCAGGUUGUUCAGGCACAAAUCACGGCAGCUUAUUGUACUAGAAUACUAGCUGCACUGAACUCCCACGUUUGAGAUAUAUUUUUCAGGUAGUCAAACACAAGCCACGGCAGAUUAUUGUAGCUAUUAAUACCAUAUGCCUAUACCUAUACCUACGCUGGACCACGGGACCACGAGGUAGUGUUGUACAAUAAGCUGUUAACGUUUUGGUUAAACGGCUUGAAAAGUAUAAUGUUUGGAGGUUUUUGCUUGGAAUUUGAGAAGAACCUUUCUAUCUUAAUUUAUUAUUCCAUUUUAGAAGCACGAAUCAUGAUAUUAGACAACCAAUCGUGACAUCAACAACAUCCCUUUCUCUCACGGCCACAUGCAAUAAAGGCUGCCAAUGCUCUCAAAGCCGUUUCGUUCCAGUUUGUGGGUCAGACAAUAUUACAUAUUUUGAUAUGUGCCAUGCUGGAUGCAAAACGCACUUCCCAAAGACUAAGGUAAGGCUGGCAAAACUCUUGCUUUCUUUCACUUUAUGUUUUUUAUUUUAAUUUAUAUUUUCUUGACUGUAUGAAAGACUUUAUAGAGGCUAAUAUAUUUUAUCGCAUACAGGGUAUCCCCAAAAAAGUGACACUAUAGAAAUUAUCCUAUUGUUAUAAUUUGAAUGCCCUAGCUAGCACUUAGUUGAUCCCACAGGUGCAUAAACUUCUGCUUCUGGAAUUUAAAAUAAAAAAGCAAACCGUUUAUUAGUGUAAUCCUUUUGCUUGACUCGGGCGUUAAAAUAUUUGGACAAAGCGAAAACGUUUUAAAAUGCUUAAAUGUAAAUACAAGUUCAUUAACUUCCCAGGGGUGUAAUCACGCGCGUUUAAGAGCGGCUUAAGAACAAUUUCUAUAGUGUCACUUUUUUGGGGGACACCCUGUAUAACGGAGUACAGCGCAAUGCUAGCCUUUUGUAUGUUACGUAACACGGAAGAAGUUGGGUCGGCACGAAGCACUAGGAAGAUGUUCUGUGACUGGUUGAUUAUGACAAUGACAAAAGAAUAAGCUAUAGAAUGGUUUUCUAAAGAAUGAAGCAAGAACAAUGUUCCUUUUGUUUAUGUAAGCCAAUUACGUCUUUUGUUAUUGUCAUAAUCAACCAAUCACAGAACAUCUUCCUAGAGCUUCGUGUUUACUGAGCGGAAGUUAUUAAUUCGCUGACCUCAGAAUGACAUUUCGUCAAACAUUUUUUCUUCAAGAUUGGUCUAGAAACAAACUUGGAGUAGGGAUAGGUUAGGGUUAGGGUUAGAGUUGGUGUUUGGAAUAGGGUUAGUGAAACCGUUGCUUUGUUACAUUUUGUCCCUCUGAGGCCAGCGAAAUAACCUCUUUUAAAGCUUCUCAAGCGGCAAACGGACUUAAAAAGUAUGUUUAGUGCUUUAUCUGUAAAAUAAUGCUAAAACGAAGAGAUUUUAGAUGGUACGCCAAAGAGAAACGCCAAAGAGAUGGUACGCCUAUUAUUUACUACAAAAUAAAGUUAAAACAAAGUGUAAUUUUUUUUUGGGGGGGGGGGGACGCCUAAAACAAUUUUAGGUUUUGAACACUUUCAUGGCAAAUACGCAACGUUGAAACUAAAAAUUGCCUCAUAAUUAUUUUCAUUAUACAGUAUAGUAGUUUAUUUGAAGACCAAAAAAUAGGAUUGAAAGAUGCAGUUAAUUUUCUUGCUAAGUGUCAACAUUUUCGAAGUUGACCAUCGUCUGCUAACACGUAACGCUUCCUGCUUCCUUACAUGCUCACAAAAUAUACAUUAUUUUUUUUCAAAAACUAUCAACAUUUUCUCUUUAGACAUUUGCCAACUGUUCAUGUAUUGCAAGUUCCUCAUCAAGUUCUGAGUUCGGAACGGCAAAGUUUGGAAUGUGUGACCGAGACUGCAAGAAUUUUAUAUUCUUUAUUUCACUGCUGGCGGUAAAUAUUGUGCUACAAUUUGCUAAAAUGGUGCCGGACAAGACAGUUACAAUGAGGUAAGAUGUGAUAUAUGAACAAUGACAGCGAGUGUUUCACCGGGAUAUACAAUUGUUUUCGAGUGUUUGGAUAUCCCGGUGAAACACGAGCUCGAGUUGUAAUGAAUCGAGGUCAGUUAUCCAAAUGGCAUCUUGUGAUCAAAUAGGUGAUUAUCAUUGGCUGAAUUGCUCAUGAAUUAUUAAUGAAUUUGAGAAGUAUGAUAGAAAACUACAAAUGAUCUUGUCCUCAAAAGUGACAGUGUGUUGGUACUACAGUCUGAUUGUAAGAUUCGGUUUGACUACAAAACAUCACAGGUAUUUAACCCACUUCACUGGAAAAAAGUAAUGAAAUUCAUACGAUGGAAUUUGUGAUUGCAUCACUAAAUAGUAUAGAGCGUUUGCACUCAUUCCCCGGGACCAACUCAACCAAAUUUGAAUUGGAAUACCAACAUGGCGGCUGUGACGUCAUGUGCAAACGCUCUAUAUCCAUAGACCAUACUAUCUCCAUAUUAUAUCCAUAGAAGGAAAAUUGCAAUUAGUAUGAAAAUUGCAAUUAGCAUGAAAAUUGCAAUUAGUAUGAAAAUUGGAUUCCAUACAAAUCAAGAUCAAUACAAAUUUGUAUUGUACUGAAGGAUUUUGAAAAAAAAUUCUAGUGCUUCUUUGAGUUUUAUAUGAUAAUCACCUCUUUCUAGAUGUGUUCCUGACAACAAACGUGCUUUUGCUAAUGGCAUACAAUAUAUUUUCAUGAAAACAAUCGGCCUUAUGCCUGGUCCCAUAAUAUUUGGUCAUGUAGUUGACUCGUAUUGUACUGUAUGGCAAGAUACAUGUGGUGUGAAGGGGAGAUGCUUUGAUUAUGAUAUUGACAGCUUGAGUUAUGCAGUUUGUGUCCUCGGAGUCACACUAACAUGUAAGUACGGGAUUUCGAGAGUAUGUAAGACAUGCAUGCAUAUGUAUAUGGAUGGAUAUGGAUAGAUAUUGAUAUAUAUUGUUAAGUAUGGAUGCAUAUGGAUAGAUAUGAAUAGACAUGGAUAAAUAUUAGUAGGUAUGAAUUAAUAAUGGUAGACAGAUAUGGAUAGAUAUUGAUAUAGUCAUUGACAGACUGGCAUAGAUAUUGAUAAACAUGGAGAGAUAUGGAUAAAGAUUGAUAUAUAUUAAUAAACAUGAGUAGAUAUUGAUAGAUAUUGAUAAACUUUGAUAGAUGUGAGUAAAUAUAGAUAGCUGUGGAUAGGUAUGCAUAGUUAUUCAUAGAUACGGUAUGGAUAGAAAUUGCUAUAUAUGGAUGAGGCAUAGAUAUGGAUAUGUCAAUUAAAUAAAUCAUUACUGUUUAUAUUUCUCUCUAGUUUUCUCAGCUUCCUUCUACUUUUUAUCCUGGUAUUUGUACAAACCGGAAGAGCAGUCAAAAUCUGGAGAUGUUAUCAAAGAUCCUGAGGCCUUAGAAAAUGGCAAAGAAACUAAACUGUAGCUAGACAGCAUGAACACAGGCACAGCAUUUUAAACACAUAUGACAUAUACUACGCCAAUUAAUAUGUGUAAAACACGCAAUUUUUACUUAUUUCAUAUAUCACAUACGGUAAUUGAGCAUAUAUACUCGGUAAUAUCACAGAGAAAAGAUAUACCAGAGAGGAAACAUGCGGCAAAUUGUGUCACGCCGAUAUAUUCAGUCUAUUUACUAUAGAAAACUAUAUUAAUUCGCUAUUUUAUUAAAUUUUGACCAUGCAGAGGAAAAACUAUACGUAUUAUAGAAGUAAACAUGUUUUUUUAUGCAAGAGUUAUAUUUUGAGGCAUUUAUAUCAUUUGCUGCUUCGUUUUUUUAUAUAUGAGCAUCUGAAACCUCCAGCCAGUGCUUUUCACGAUUUUAAUAAGGAAUAGAUAGGGGGAAAAAACUUUUGCAAAAUAAUAAUUUUUAAUAAAAAGAAAUCAAUAAAAGUGAUCCCUUACCGUUAUUCUACAAGAAUUUAUUGAACAAAACUUCCAUGGGUAUCUCAUUUUUUUAAAAAAAGCGAUUUUCACCUUUCGAACGGUGUUUUCCCUAUCGUUUGCUAUGAAAUUUCAGCGACGGCACUGGCUGGAAGAUUUUGCGUGGCGCGUGGAACCUGCGUGGAACGCGUGACACAAAAAUUCACGUUAUCGAGGUGUCUGUUCCUCUCUGAUAUAUCUUUACUCUGUGGUAAUAUACGAAGACAAUUGACAUAUAUCACAGGUGAACAAAUUCAUCAUAUACUCAUCAUUUUUACAUAACCCAUACAUCCAUACUCAGAUGUAUACAAACUGUAAUGGCAAUUUUAUUGUAUAUAGGAAAAUACAUUGUUCAAAUGUCUGCACGGAUGUGGC